CACGUUGGCAUUACUACAGCUGCGUGCAACAGUUUUGUGUGUGUAUUCGCUUUGGUGUACAAACAGUAUAUGUGUGUGUGUGUGUGUAAGAGUUCACAAGGGGAAUCCCCUCAUUCAGAGUUGAAUUGUACAAUGAAUGUACAUACAUUUGCUUAUUGUAUACAAGUAUUUCACAUUUUAUUCGUGAGAGGCAACUGGGAAGUGUUUGAGUACAAAUACUCACAAAACAACUGAUCGUGGAAAUUAUAGUGAAAACUUAAACUGAUCACUUGGUGUCAGAAGUAAUCUAGACUUCGUUGUGCUGUAGGCCUAUUGACGGUGGUAAUGUAUGGCUCUAGUAGAGGAAGGUGUAAGGCAACGAUUACGACAACGCUUUUCACAUCUCCCUGAUCCAGUCUUUGAUGAAUGCCUCAGAACUAAUCCAACCAACCUUAACCUGUGUAUCACUCAGCUGAAAGAGAGAAGCCAGGCUCAGGAACGGAGAGACCCCAUGUGUGCUGUGACAGCCGGAAUGGAUCCGGCGCAACACUACACACAACAAGCACCACCACAGCACCGACAGCACCACCAACCGCACCUACAACCACAAGAAGAGGCCUCGCAGGACGGCCGAUUAAACAGCGACGGCUGGUUUGAGCUCACCUGGCCUCCAACCAUGAACGCGGGAGGAGACAACGUAGACCCGCCACCCACCAGGACGUCGGAAGCGAACGAACCGACCAGUGGCUGGCAGGGGUAUAGAGAUUUAUACAGUUACCGACCGCCUCUUCAGGUCUCAAAAAUAUCUGUGAACUUACAGGACUCUGGACAAAGAGCUAAAAGUCCCGGCCCAGUCCAACCUACAACGUCCCCUUCACAGCCUAGCAGAACUUAUGAUGCGGGGAAUGGCAGUAGAACGCCGGGCACCCCAGACAGUAUCGGACUCGAAUCGAGUAUAACCUUGCCGAGUAUAUCGCCCCCUCUUGUAGACAGGACUCCGUCGCCAUCUGUUAACCCGUUCUUCCCGCCCAUCGAUCCUCAUGCUUUACGUGCCUCACAACAAUCAAACGGACGGUCAUCCCCUGCAGCGGGGUAUCAGUAUCCGAGAAGUGCCUCGCCAAGGCACGUCCCAGUCAGUCAGAACACCAGUACUGCGCCUUCCCAUUACAACUCACCGGCAGCACCGAUGCCCAUUGUGGGGCAACCCAACGUGGCGACGUCACAUCCUGUCGCUCCGCACCAGCGCAAUACCCCAGAGCCCAGACAGGACGUGAGGAGGAAAACCUCGCAGCCGGAGCGUUGGGCGGAGGUGUACUCACCCCGCCCCGAAAGCGGCGUUGAAGGUGGGGUUGGUGUUCAUGGCGCUGCGAGACACAGGACACAAGUGCAACAGUCGUACCCAACCUCUUCCCAGAGACCAGCAACCAAAGGGCCGGAGAGCAUGGAGCACAGACAUAGAAUGGGGAGUCAAGAAGAAAUUAGAUAUAACCAAGCUCUGAUCAUGCACCAGAGCGCAAGGAAAGAGAGACUAAGAAAGGACUUAGACGAGGAGCAGACGAAACUAGAGAGAAUGAGAGCAGAGAUCAGGAGUAUGGAGCAGGACCUCAAUACAAAGCGAUCUCACCGAUCUCACUUCCCAUCGAAUGAAGAACUGAGCAAGAUGAGAGAGGAGAAGAGACAACUCCAGAUUGAUAUAGAGUGUAUGAACAAAGAGAUUGAUAUGUUUAAAAAGCAAGGUUUUACCAACCCGCACAGCCAGGAGUAUUUCUAUGCUAAUAUUGAACAAGGCCCCACUGGUCCUAUACCCCCAGGCCCACCGAUAGUCCCUGUUUCAGAUCCAGUGUCACCUCCAGUUCUAGACCCAGACGAGGGCCAGCAGUGGUCCUGUACGCACUGUACCUUCCUCAAUCAUCCCUUCCUUGAUAAGUGUGAAUGUUGUGAGAUGCCUCGGGAUAGUGCCUGAACAACGAUCGUCCACAAAGACAUCAGAUCAAGAGACCCCUAGAACCUCACGGCCAACCAAAGGCAUCUCUUGAAUAGAAUGAUAUAUUAUAAGUGGUUCGUUAAGCCCAUAAAGACGGAGAUUGACAAAGAAUAGGAGUCAGGAACCUGCUUGGAGGAUCACCCAGCUGUGGUAGCGUGUGAGUGUGAUUAAUGAGAAAAGUGUGACAUCUUGCCAGUGGUGUCGGUAUGUGCUGUUUGGGAGAUAGUCCGAAGCUUGACGUCCGCAAGGAUUCCUGUGACCUUAGGUGGUGCUGUGAGAUAGCUGAUAUUCUUAGCCAUCAUUUGCUUGUGAAGAAUGAACUGCGGAGGAUGUCAUCGAUGGGAGAUGCAUUUGCUGCUUUAGAAAUGCUACAUGAAUGCUGCUAUCAUCAGUCAGUAAUAAACUGAAACAACUCUUUGCAAACACAGAAAUAUCAUUUGAAGCUACAAGCAAUGCCCAUGCCAAAUGGAAAUUCUCUCUUAAUGUUCAGAUCCUACUGGAUGAUCCCCAAGCCAUCACUUUUAGUUUUAAAUGAAGAAUGACGAGCGAUUGAUGACAGUUCUUGAUAUCAGAAUAUAGAUAUGAGGCAUGAUGGUUUGUUGGUUGUGUAGUUGUUCUCUAAAUCAGAACGUUUCGGGUUCAAAACCCAAGUUGAUGUGCUAGUGCCUUAUGGAAAGGCAUUUAUGUGUAUUACCAAGCCCCUCAGUGAGGACCUCAUGAAAUGGUAUCCCAGGGCAACCAUUUCAUGAAGAGUGUCAGCACAGACAAGUUGUCAUUCCCUCACAGUUUCUUCUCAGUGACAUUCUUGGUUUUGAUGGGCUGAGAAACACUGGCUAUUGUAAUUGUUGACCAUUUCCAUGGUAACUUAGAGUGAAUGACAAGUUUUCUUUGCUGACAUUUUUCAUAAAAUGUCAUGAUUUCUUUAGCAUUCAGGCGGGUGAUUCAUAAGCUGUUCAUAAGUUAUGAGUGACUUUACGAAUGACUGGUGAUCCUUUCUUAGGUGCCAUUCGAUAACAAUGAAAAUUUGGUGUGUGUCAUUUACCAAAAGAAAGAUGAUGAUUCGUUCAUACAGAUGCCUGUAAUAUACAAGCAGCUUUAUGGAACACCCACCUGAAAGGUCAGAAUUACAAAUGAUUAUUUCUUUAUUGAUGAGUAGCUUUAAUGUGAGAAUUUGGCUUUUGAUUUCUGUAAAAAAAAGGGCAUGUGGUCCACAAUACAUACAUGCAUCCUUCCUUUAAAAUCACCAUGUAGGAUGUCCCCUCUGCGUAGCAAGAAAAUUCAGGGAUAACUGAAAAAGCCGACUUCAAUAAGCCUCUACCAGUGUCUACACUCGAUGUAAUACAACUCAAGUUACACAUUUUUUUAUCCAAUUUUAUUUUUUUUCUGAAACUACAGUGUGGAUCGAUGAAUUUUUUUCACUUUUAAUUUAGAAUUGUUUUCCUGGAAGCCAAAAUUUUCUGUUGUGCCAUUGAAAAGGAGCUCCUCUGCUAAAUAGUGAUCAUUUUACCUGUUUGUAAAUUUAGUUUGCAUGCCAUGGUGUCCAAAUAUGAUAAAAGACAGUGAAACAAUAUUGUACCUUCUUCUUUAACAGUCAUUAACGAAUGAUAUUACGGUCCUUUUCAAUGUAUAACGGCCACCGCACACCUUACGACUGUUCGCGAUCCGACUUUGGAACAAAUCGCACUUCGCUCAUUUUCUGAAAAUGU